AUGUCCAAGCGCAACACCCUCCAGUACACCAGCAUCCAGAACAACACCUGCCUCCUGGCCCCUGAGACUAUCUUUGGCCCCUACGGCGUGGACGGCGAGUUGGUCCGCCACGACCUCCGCGAAACCCAGUCCGGUAUUGACUUCUACCUCGACAUCAGAAUCAUUGACGUCGAGACCUGCGAGCCGCUCGAAGGAGCCUCGGCCUCCAUCUGGGCCUGCAACGCCACUGGCUCAUAUGCUUCUUUCACUGGCAUUGACCCCGACACUUCUGACAAACGAUCCGACGGCACGACCGAUGAUGAGACUUUCCUCCGCGGUAUUCAGGUCUCCGAUGAGGCUGGCAUGAUCGAGUUCCUCACCAAGUUCCCUGGCUACUACACUUCCCGCUCUACCCACAUCCACGUCGCUGUUCAAGCCAAUGCCUCUGACGGUGUUGGCUUCAGUAAGAGCGCCCUUCAGCACGUUGGACAGCUCUUCUUCGAGGAGGACCUUCUUUCUCAGGUCUACGCCGUCAGUCCCUACUCUGCCCACCUCGAGACCCUGAACCGCACGACCAAUGCCGAGGACUCUGUCCUGUCCAGCGUUAGCGAGGACGGUUACAGCCCCUUCAUCAGCGUCUCUCUUCUCGGCGACAGCGUUGGAGACGGCCUCGUUGGCUACAUCACUAUCGGUGUCAACUCUACCGGUGACAGCAUCGCUACUACUGGUACCGAUGUCAACCCCCAGGGCUGGAUCCCCACCGUGUCUGUGGGAACAGAGAAGAUGGCGCAGGGUACUGCUGCUGACCGUGCUGCCGGUUACACUUCUUAA